AGAAAAUAAAAGAAAAAUGCGGGAACCGUGAAAACCAUGUCUUGUCAGCCAUAACCCACCUCCACUGGGUAAAAUGGAGGAAUUAAACUACACAUUUCUCUACCCGGAGUUGGUCGGGAAAAACAAAUGUGAGAUUCUAGAAUUCCUGAAGGACAACAAGAGUACGGAGUUUGAUAAUUGGCUUGAGGAUCUUGAACCAGACUUAAACUACUAUAUUGAAGGAAUAGCUCUGCUCAUUAUUUGUACAUUUGGAAUCAUAGGAAAUAUAAUCUCCAUUCUGGUUCUAACCAGUCAAGAUAUUGACCUGAAGCCUAGCUUUGCAAACAUACUUAUCUGCUUGGUAAGCAUUUAUAUUUCUGGGAUUUUUAAUUUUUUUCUCUCUAAUCCAUGA